AUGCCUGGUCAUCGCGAAAACACAAAAGACCACAGUAUCAGAAGAGUGAAUGAUUCAACCCAUCGAAUGAAAUAUCAAUCACAACAUUGUGAUAGAGUGGGAUGUAAGUUUUUCUUUAAAACUAAUCUUUUUUCUUCCUUGUAAAAAACAGAAACAUUUUCAGAUAAAUCAAAUUACCGAAACCAAAAUCAAUAUCAAUCACAUCACCGAUACGAUCGGAAUAGGGAAUAUUCUUCAAGUUCACAUUCUUCUUAUCAAAAACGCUUAGAAGAUUAUAAUCGAUUCAGUUCAAGAGCAUCUUCAUCGAUGAAUUCGUCUUAUUCAUCUUAUUCAUCUUGCUCUUCAUCCCCAAAUUCAUCAUUUUCAUCAACAUCUUCAGAAAGCUCAUUUUGCAUUGAAAGAAAAACAAGAAACCGAAACAUUUCAGCAAUUAAAGAAUGUGUUGUAUUUGAUACAAAUGCUCUUAUCGAUUAUCCAGCAAUAAUUGCUCAUACUACGAAAAAAUAA